CGCCAUAAACUUAGCAACAAGCGAGAGGUCUUGUCAGAUGUUGUGAAUAUUUGCCCGGAGGAAGGUCGUCGAAAUCUUCAACAAAAAUGUACAAACUAGACCUGCCUGUUGAUUAUAAGGAGGCAUCAGCCAUAGAAAGGCGGCGAAAUGUCGAAGAGCAACGUAAAUCCAGAAUAUUCAAUGCCCGAGUUAGGACCAUUGGGAUUGACCCUCAGGCUCUCGAGCAACAGGCACGUGAUAAACAGGAGCAGGAAGAGUAUGAACGAAGAAGGCAUGAAGCAUUUGCCUCUGAUGCUGUCCGCAACGAUCUGAUUGCACAGCUGCUUGAACAAAGACAGGAGCAGGAUAUCCGGGAGCUCAACAAGGCAGAGAAUGAUUUCAGAGCAUUACACCAGCAGCCAGGAAACCGACGAGAGUGGGAUUUGUACGACCCAGAGGCGCUGAAGAAGGAUAAACCUGCCCGUGUGUGCGAUGAUGACCCUAGGUGUGGCAUCUCCAGCAUUCAGAAGUUUGAUGGCGAGGAUCUGAACAACAAGGCUAGGAACAAGUUCCAACAGGAACAGCUACGCGAGUGGCAUACACAGCAAAUGAAUGAGCGAGACCAAGCCAAGCGCAAUCAGGAUAUGGCAGACAGACUGUAUGAGCUGAAGAUGCGUGAGCUGGACCAGAGAGCAUUGGAGCUGCAGGACGCAGAGGAACAGUGCCGUAGAGCUAUCAACCAUUCUACAAAGGACUUUAAUGCUGCACUUGAUCGUGACAGGAAGGAGAAGGAGGCUCUGUCUCGUCAGCAGCAGCUUGAUGACAACGCCACGGAGAUCGCCAACCACAUAUAUGGUGACAUCCUGACAGAGAACCCCUCUGUAGCUCAGAGUGCAUUCGGCCCCCAUCGCGUGAUCCCCGACCGGUGGAAGGGCAUGUCCCCUGCACAGUUGGAGGCGAUACGCAAACAACAGGACCUCCAGAGGAUGGAGCUAGAUCGUCUUAAGCAGGAAGAGGAACUAAAAGACAAGGAAUGGGAACGCCAGCAAGUGGCCAAUGCUCGUGCAGCACUGCUGCUAGAACGUGAGAUGGCACGAAAGAAGCAGGAUAUGGACAGGCAGAUGGCUGACGAGAAUCGGCGCUUGUCUCAGGAGCAGAAGGCCCACAAGGACUACCUCUACAAGGAAGUGUACACCAACCCUCCCACAGCUGCCUACUUCAUGCAGUUCAACACCACCACCCGAUAGACAGAAGUUUCAUCACAUUUCAUCGCAACUAUACUCAUUUGCUUCUCACAUCACCCUCGAGUUACUGGAUUAUUUUAACGUCUUUGAAAUUUCUAUGGUUUGGGGAUUGAUGACCAAGCUUCUGUAAAGGUGAUAUUUAAUUAUGUGAAUUUUGUAGAACAUUUGGUUUACAGAAUUUGUGAAAUUGAUCUUUUUGAAAUGAGCGUGUUGCAGACAAUCUAGGUUUUGUUGAUAUUCAGUACUCUGCUACGUAAAGGAUUGUCCAAGGCACACAUGCUUUAUUGAUGUCUUUGAUUUUAACUGUUGAAAUGUCAUGACCAAACAUAUCAACAUACAAAAUAUAUUUUAAACUGAAAUCAAGAACUUUGACGUGAGGAUGUUUUAAUGAGAUUGUUGGGAGUUUUUAUGCUCAUGAUUGACCUUUUUAUUUAUUCAGUUUUAAGAAUGAAAAUAAUGUUUAAGCCAGUUUUUUUACAAGUCAGCAAAAGACCUCAACAUCUUCAUCUGUUACAUUCCAUGAAGAAGUCGAAAUGUGCAUCCUGAAGUACUUGUAUAAUAAUGUUAUUUGUAUUUAUCUGUAAAUAGACUAAAGCUUGCAAGUGUACAGGUUUUUUGUGUUAGUCCGUCCAGAAUAUUAUGACAAGCAAAAGCUAACUUUCUUUCUUUCACAAUUGUAAAACUAAUAGUCUCUGACUGUACGAAUAAAUUCACAUGACCUUGUUA